AUGAAGGUGGAUGUGCUUGAUUUUUAUGGCAAACUGGAACCACAUGCUUUUGAAGAUUGGCUAAUCGCCAUUGAAGACUAUUUUGAUUGGUUUGCUGUAUCAGAAGAUCGAAAGGGAAGCGUGGAAGAACAACUGCGACGAACUCAACGCCCACCGAUCUCAAACUGGGAGGAGAUGAAGGAACGACUAAAAGAGAAAUACUUACCCAUUGAAUAUGAGCAGAUGAUGUUUGAAGAAAUGCUGCAACUAAGGCAGGGGUCCUUAACAGUGGAUCAGUAUACAGACAGGUUCCAUGAAUUGACUGUUCGUAGCAGAAUUGCAGAGACCGACCAACAGACACUAGCCCGAUAUCGCAAUGGAUUAUGUGGAGAACUAUACAAAGAAAUGUUGAUCGCACGACUCAUUGCGGUGGAAGAAGCAUACCAACUAGCACUGCGUAUUGAGAAACAACUAGGGAACACAACAGGCAGGAAAGUCAUGCCAAUGGAGGGAAAACUAGGACAUUCGACAAACUUUUCCAUCCAAAAACCACACUUACCAUAUGACAGACCGGGAGGCUCAAUAUUGGGAGAACAAAGAGGAAAAGCAAAGGUUACAAGUGAUGGUCCACAGUGCUACAAAUGCAAAGGGUUUGGACACUAUGUUGUGGUAUGUCCCACCAGAGAUAAGAAACUCGCCUUUAUAUGUGAAAAAGAGCUGACAGUAAUGAGUGAGGCGGAAGGAGAAAAAACUAAAGAACUUGCAACUGAGGAGGAGGAACACCUAGAUGCUUCUGAUCUUCCAAGCUGUGUUAUUCAUCGAAUAUUAACAAGAAACAAAAUUGAACUCAAAACCAAUCAGGAAUGGUUGCGCACCAACAUCUUCAAUACACGAUUAGAACAUGGGGGCAGAGCACUAAAUGUGAUAAUCGAUAACGGUAGUGGCAUCAAUGUAAUCUCUGAAACAGCAGUAGAACGACUGCAUUUAAAGACCGAGACACACCCUUCUCCUUACCGAAUAAGUUGGGUCAAUGAACACAACUCAGUCUUAGUAAAACACCGAUGCCUAGUACAGUUCUCAUUGGGACGAGAGUAUGUAGAUGAAGCAUGGUGCGAUAUCAUUCCGAUGACCUUUAAAGGCAAGAAGCUAGUCCUAGUCCCAUUACCGAUUGCAGAAUUUGAAACAACACAAAAACAGGUACCAGUAUUGAAUAUGCGGCAGUUCUCUCAAGUUGUAAAUGGAGAACAAAUGUUGUUGUUUGUAGUAAGGCGCGAAGUGAAACAAACUGAUGGCCUAGUGCCCAAGGAGCUGGCAUCCAUACUUGAAAAAUUCCAAGACAUCAUGCCAGAUGAGAUGCCCCACCAACUGCCACCAAUGCGGGAUGUACAGCACGCAAUUGAUCUCAUCCCAGGGUCAUAUUUACCCAAUUUACCCCAUUACAGGAUGAGCCCUGCAGAGAAUGAAGAGCUCAACCGACAGGUCCAACAGCUAAUGGACAGAGGAUUCAUUCGAGAGAGCUUUAGUCCCUGUGCAGUUCCAGAUCAUUUAGCCCAUGUGGAACAAGUCUUAACAACAUUACAGACAGAGCAACUCUAUAUAAAUUAUGCCAAAUGUUCAUUCCUGAAGAAGAAAGUCUAUUUUUUAGGCUUUAUCAUUUCCAGCAAAGGCGUUGAAGUGGAUCCCGCUAAGAUACAAGCCAUUCAGAAUUGGUCAACACCUCGAACCGUCUCUGAGGUCCGUAGCUUUCAUGGUCUAGCUACAUUUUAUCGGUGUUUUAUUCGUCAUUUCAGCACUAUCAUGGCCCCAAUAACAGAGUGCCUAAAGGGUACCAAUUUCAAUUGGACAACAGCAGCAAACAAAGCCUUUGCUAACAUCAAGGAUAAGCUGGGGAAUGCACCAGUCCUAAGACUCCCUGAUUUUUCCAAACUCUUUGAAGUGGCUUAUGAUGCCUCACAUAUAGGAAUCGGGGGAGUCCUAAGUCAAGAAGGACAUCCAAUCGCUUUUUACAGCGAAAAGCUCAAUGACACUCGUCAGAGAUAUUCAACAUACGACAUGGAAUUUUAUGCCUUGAUUCAGACCAUUAAGCAUUGGCACCCGUACCUGAUCCAUAGAGAGUUUAUCCUUUACACAGAUCAUGACUCCUUGAAACACCUUGGCUCUCAAAGCAAACUCAACCCAAGACAUUCUCGUUGGACAACAUACUUGCAACAAUUUGAUUUCAUCAUCAAACACAAAGCAGGAACAGAGAAUAAAGCGGCUGAUGCGCUAAGUCGACAACCGCACAUGUUGCAUAUGUUCUCAAUUCAUGCUACGGGCUUUGAAGAAAUUAAGACUCAAUACACUGAUGAUGAUGAUUUUGGCACAAUAUGGAGCAAUUUACAAGCCAAAAUCACGAUAACUGGAGGAGACUAUUCGCUGAAGGAUGAUUACUUAUUUUGUGGUACUAGGCUCUGCAUCCCCAAAGGAUCACUCCGUGAAUUCAUCAUCACUGAACUCCAUAGUGGCGGAUUGGCUGGACAUUUUGGCUAUGACAAAACAUAUGCUAUAGCUGCUGAUCGGUUCUACUGGCCUCGACUGCGUAAAGAUGUGCACAAAGUGGUUGAUCGGUGCAGGAUUUGCCAACUAAACAAAUGGACUAAAAGCCAAGCUGGACUCUACACACCCCUCCCAAUCCCAGACCACCCAUGA